AUGGGCAACUCAUGUUGGGAACUGUAUUGUCUGGAGCAUGGGAUUGAGCCAGAUGGCAUCAUCUCCUCCAAUGCCUCCUCAGGGCAAGUAGACUCUUCCUUUGGGACCUUCUUCAGUGAGACAGGAUCAGGGAAGUAUGUGCCCAGAGCGAUAUUUGUUGACCUGGAGCCCACUGUCAUUGUGCUCUUCCACCCGGAGCAGCUCAUCAGUGGCAAAGAAGAUGCUGCCAACAACUAUGCUCGGGGCCACUACACCAUCGGGAAGGAGAUCAUUGACUCGGUUGUUGACAGGGCUCGUAAAAUG